AUGUCAGACAGUAAAGUUGAAAAGAGUUUACCAAAGAUUAUUCUUUUCAAAAUAUUAGAUUAUUUUGUUGCAGAAUGUGUUUCGCUGAGAGAUGAAAUUAGAUUAACCAGUGAUACAAAUCCAGAUGUACUAUGCCAAAACUAUCAAGAUUGGAUCAUAGAGUUGGCCACAGUAUCAAAGUUAUUCCAUACUGGUGUUCGCACAUCGAUUGCCAAUAGGACAGCAAUAAGAUUGACUAUGGAUGACUAUGAUUAUAUUGACAAAGACAACGAGGAAAACAAGUUGGAGUUCUAUGGAACUGCAACCCAUCUCAUUGCAGAGGACGAUUAUUUCGAACCAUUCAAAUCAGUCAGAUCUUUCAAAUCGAUAUUUGGUUCCGUCAAGAAACUAUCAUUACACUAUGAAGAGGUGUUCUUUUUAGAAAAAGAAGAAGGAGUUGAAAAGAAAAUAAAGAAAAACACCAAGAGAAAGGAAGUUGUCAAAGAUAGUGUUGAUAGUGGAGUUAAGAGCGACAACAUAUUAUCAUUGGAGAGUCUAGUAGUUAGAGAUAUGUAUAUUGCAAAUAACACUUACAACUAUGAGAAGUUUGCUUGUUUGGAUACAUCAGCACUUAAACACCUGUCUCUUGAUUUCAUUACAGAUGGUUGUGAUGAGCUGAUGGAUGAUAUGUUUUCGUUCAUCUUUGCAGAGCCAUUCCUUGGUUUGAAUAGUUUGGAACUCACUGGCUUUGACGUUGACCGAGUUAAGCAGCCUUUUGUAAGCAAAUUCUUCAAGUUAUUGUCGAAAUUCACAGAAUUGAAGAGAUUCAAGUUGAACCACAAUUUUAGAAGUAAAUUCAACGGUGUCUUUGUUAAGGAGUUGGUCAAGUUCUUGGGUCAACAAAAUACUUUGGAAUGCUUUGAUUACAGUAGUGAAUGUCAUAUUCCAAGAGGACACGAAUAUUUAGAGACUCUAUUCAAGAAAGGAUCGUCAAUCAACGAAUUGGAUAUAAUCGCCAACUACAAUCUACCAUUGCUAGACAGAGUUUUGGAUAGAUUGCAUCUUUACAAUAUCGAUCAUCAUCAUCGAAAUAGCGAUGAACCACUGGAGUCUAUGGUUCUUCCGAAAUCAGUCAAAUCAUUGCAAGUCGAUUUCGAAGUAACAUUCCAACAGCUUGCCGAGCUUUUGAAGGAUAAUGAUAUCACGGAAAUACUCAGGGUGGUAGUUCACGUUCACCCAACCCUAAACAAGAUUAAAUCGCUGGAUCAAUUCGUAAAAAACCUCCAAAGCAACAAGACAUUGCAGAGAAUCUAUAUCCAAUUGAGAUCUACUUUUGAAGGUGAUGACGAAUACGACGACUAUUGCGAUCCAGAGGAUGCCUACAAAAAUAAUCUCAUUGAAAAGCUUGAUGGUGUUAUCCAAAAACAUCCGACCAUCAGGAAUAAAAACAACUGGGUGAAUCAUAUCGAUAUUAAGACAAUCAAUGAUUAUUAUCAUUAG